ACGGAGCUAUAGAUCCUUCUACAGUACGGAACGCGUCUCAGACCAUUCCGGACUAGCGGCGCUUCCUCGCGUCAUGAAUUCCAGGUCCCCUCCACAGCAUCUUCGGACUUUUCUCUCCUCAAUGUGAAUUCCCAUCCCAAUACACCUCCGAUGGCACCUAUCUAGCGAAGAAACACCCAAAACAACCCCAAGAAACACAUUAAAUAUCCCUACCCCGACUCUCGACAACUAACCACCAGUUGUUACCCCCCGAACCGUCCUGUUUUACCGACAUCCGCAGCAAUGGCUCCCCGAGGGCCUGCGAAAGCUCGCGACUAUGAUUACUCCAACGUGGGAAAAGCUGGAAGACGUACCGGCAUCACCCUAAAAGAAGGCAGGCGGGAUGAACAUGGGAUGGAGGAGGUCGAUGGAAUUUUCUCAUCGCCUGAAAAAUCACCCGCCCAUGAAAGUGGAUUUGACGAUUCAACCGGCUCCGAUGGAAUGUCCAUGGACGAGGGGAACGGACCUGGUCCCGACGAUUUCCUCAACAGCAUCAAUGGCAACCGUGCUCCUUACUUUCCACCCCCAGUUGCGCGAUCGCCCAUGAAAACCGGCCUGACUGGAUCUCCGCGCAGAACGCCUGGUUUGCGCUCCUCCCAAAGCCCCCAGCGCGAUAUCCCCUCGUCAAGCCCAUCCGAUGGUAAGGGGCUCGCAAGCGCGAAGGGAGAAUCGCGACGCGAUGUAUCUCCUCUUACGAACCGGUCUGCCAAUGUUCCGAAUGGUACACACAAUAGGGGUAAUAAGAGACCCGAAAAGGCCACCUCAGUCUCCUCCGACAGCGAAGUAGACGGGGACGAGAACGGGGACUCGUUUGACCAGGUACAAAGCGACUUUGCAGACAGCUUCGUUGGUGGUGACGACCAUCUGAAUGGAGACGACUCCAUUGACGAGGACCAGGACAACACGGAGGCGGAACCCUCUCUGACUAAAACCACCCAAAAGCGAGGCAGACCGCCACAAAAGACCGCCAAGGCGUCCGGCGCAAAGGCUUCGGAAGCUGCCACCCGAGAUCAAAGAGACCACCAGGAUUCGGCUCAGAAACGGAAACGGCCCGGGCGACCCCCCAAAGCACAGAGCAAACCUAGCGACGACAUGGAGGAGCAACGGCCCGCAAAGAAAUCCAAGACCUCCGCGCCAAAGAACCGAACUACCUCUUCAGGAGACCCCGAACUAGACAAAGUCGUUGAAAACUACGUCAAUCGGACCGGCCCUCUCAAGGGACGGAGCUUAUAUAUCCUCAAACGCGAAGCGCCGACAGACAGCACGACCAAGCACACACGGUCAGGACGCAUCUCUGUCAGACCCUUGGCCUACUGGAAGAAUGAGCGAUGUGUGUAUGGGGAUGGCGAGGCUGCUGAAGGACAGCGGUUUCCACUUUCAACCAUCAAAGAAAUCAUUCGAACGGAGGAAUUGGAACCGGAGAAGAAAAAAGCUAACCGCCGAUCGAAGAAGUCGAAAUCCAAGAAGGACGAUGAUUCGGAUGACGAUGACGAACAACACCGUGAUCCAUACGAAAAGAAAGGAGGGGUUCUGCAUGGGUAUAUCAGGAAGUGGGAUCCGGAUACUCAAACGGCUCUGGACCAAGAGGAGAUCCUAGACAUCGCAUAUGCCCCCUCCGGUAUUGAGACGAGAGACGUGAAGGGAGCAACAUUUCGAUUUGCGAAGCUACUCAGUUCCCCAUUUAUCGGCUCUGGCAUCGUCGAACUGCCGCCUGGAGGAGUCAAGAAACCGAAGAACUCCAAGAAGAUGCAUAUGGUGUUUUACGUAUGUAACGGGAGGGUCUUGGUAGACAUAUCAGGUGUUCAGUUUAGCGCUGGAAAGGGAUGCGUGUUCCAAGUUCCAAGAGGCAACUACUAUAGUUUCGCCAAUACGUACAGCAAAGAUGCUCGACUUUUCUUCACACAAGGCUGUGUGCCUACAGAAGGCGACGAUACUCCCGGAUCUGCAUCCAAGACCGACACUCUCGAUGGCGAAGCAACUACUCCAGUGGCCCGCCCAAAAGCCACAAAGGGGAGACCAAAGGGUAAGCAGAAGGCUGCCGGCGCCUAGAAUGAUGACCGCAACAGAUUUGUCAGCUUUCAUCAUGUUUUCAUCUUUGGGUAUAUGUGACCUCACAAAUGUUAUGUGGAUGUAUCAAGUGAGCGUAAUUCAUUCAGGCUUUUGACCUUUAUUGUAUUGUUUUUGGGGUUGAAUUAGCGAUACCUCCCCCCCCUCUAUUACCCGGAUCACGGUGUUUGUUGUAUUAUCUUCCAUCCCCUUAUUCCAGUCUAUUGAUUUCCCCCUUGUUUGGUGAUUGAUUGAGCAAUGAUGAUGAGAAGGAUAGGACAUAGGCGUGGCGUGGCUUAGAAUGAGAAUUUACUGAACGAAUCAAGCAUCUCUCCCUCCCUCUCUCUCUCUCUCUCUCUCUCUCUCUCUCUCUCU